UUGAGUGCUGUUUCGCCAGUUGCUUACUUGCGGGGGCGCCCACAUCCUUGUGUGAGCGACCGAGGGUAUUUCAGCGUGGGCAUUCGGCCCUGAGCCUUCCCCCUACAUUCGGCAUAACGUUCCUUCGAUUCUGGAGAGAAAAAGAAACCGGCGUCAGGCGAUGGAGUCCGAAAACAUCGAGCUGAACGGUGAUCCGAGGAACGGCGGCAGAGAGGGGGAUGUGAGAGAGAAUCCGCAUGGGAGGAGAAGACAGUCCAUCAACUUCAAUCACUACGCCAACAAGAAGAGUGCAGCAGAAAGCAUGCUGGAUAUUGCCUUGCUGAUGGCCAAUGCAUCGCAGCUGAAAGCUGUGAUUGACCAAGGGCCUAACUUCAACUACUAUAUACCACUCAUCAUUCUCAUUAGCCUCUCGCUUAUAUUUCAGUUAGUUGUGGGUGUCUUAUUGAUAUUUAUUGUCAAGUAUGAUCUGAAUGACCGUAACAAACAAGCCAAGCUGGAUAUUCUCAACAACAUCACUACAGGCCUGGUGUUCAUAAUUGUCAUUGUGAAUAUUUUCAUCACAGCUUUUGGAGUACAACGGCCUCCUCCUUAUGAAACAACUCCACAACAUCUUUAGCAAGCUGUAAGAUAAGAUGUAACAGAACAUUCUGAGCUACAAACAAAUCUCAAGAUCUCAUGCAUCAUUGGCAAAUUUGCAAAAUUAACAAGAGAGCUUUUAAAAGGCAGGCCUCUUAAAAUUCCUCUCUUAACUUGUGGCUCUCUCCACAGAGAAAUACUACUUGCAUAUUUCCACUGAAAAAGGAGUCAUGCAUCAGUAUGUGAAGUGUACCUAAGGCAUUACAAUUUUGUAAAAUAUAGCUUUUCUGCCAAUAUGAUUGAUGAACAACAUUGUGCAUAUCUGGAAUGUCUGACAUUUCUAAAUUUUACAAAAUAUGUUUCACUCCAAAUAACAAAUAGAAACAAGUACAUCUUUAAAAGUAGAUAUAUUAUUUUGAAAUUUGACUUAGAAGUACAAAAGGUAGCUAUGAAAGAGACCAGAAAUGUUUAAACAUGUCAUAACAACCAACUAGAUUAUGGAACAUUUCUGUAAGUAGCAGUAAACUUAGCAUCAAAUUGUUGGUGCAAGAUUAAGACAAUAAUAAUGGAUUGCUUGUAUAUGUACCAAUAGGAGCAUGGUCUGCUAAAAGUACAGUUAGAUAACCUUCAUGCUUUUUGAAGUUUCUGCACAUAUUGUGAAACAUUUGAAAUGUUUGUAUUUUAGAAUUGUAAGCCUUUAUUGAGAAUGGAAAAUAUUUUACUUCUUUUAAAGCAACAUUGAUAUAACUGUAUUCUAUUUUUGAUUCCAAAGUGCUAAAAAGUUUUGUUAAUGUAGCUGUGAUUUUUGAUCAUGCUCACUUGUGUGUAUCCUUACAUAUCUGUAAAAUGCAAUCGUAAACUUUGGGAUUUCUCUACCUCUUUUUCCAUUUGUCUCACAAUGUUUUCUUUACAUUUAUUUCUCUGUUUAUUUCUUCCUCUGCACCACUUUUGCUCUCUACCUCCAUUUUGAACUCUUGGCUCUGUAUAUUUGCCUGUUUUGUUUUUUUGUCGAGGUUACACUUUCCUCCAUCUGUGAUUUAUGAUCCUUCACAAUGAUGAACAACUUUGUAUUGCUUACUUUGUAUCUGCUUUUCAUCACUAAUCAGCAAUCUCUGGUGUAAAUGCAUGAUGUAGAGUUUGGAUGAGCAUAGUAUCAGGCUUGACUAAGUUCUGCUGUUCUAUGGUAAAUUAGCACUCAAAGUCUGGAUAGACUAAACUGCUAAGCUGAAGGCAAACACUCUCGAAUUCAUAGCGCCUGAGUUGUGAGUUGAAGAUCUAGAAGAUCAGAAGAGGAAAAAGUAACAUCGGCCUCCAGCUUCAGGAGACAUGUGCCUCAACAAGGAGCUCGCUAUUAUGAAAAGCUUUUUUGUGGCAGUCACUGCCACUGAAGGUGCUUUAGCUCCUCUCUGAACCAUGUGCCGGCCAUUUACUCAUUAAUGUAGAGGCCAGCAUAGGUCACUGUAUGUUGAAGCAUUCUCCUUGUCCCUAGUCUUUAGCAGCACCCACCUUGCUCAGUGGAGCUGCUGAAACAAGGAGCUGCCUGCCCUUUGAUGGGCCCUGCACUACUGGGUGCCUAUCCAUAGUUGAUGACCUGAGAGGCUGCUCCGAGAAAAUUUCAUGACAGCCUUGGUGACAACUUGGGAUCUCAGAUUUGAUCUUAACACCAGGCUCCCAAACCCUGGAGGAAAGAUCUGCCCAAAACAUUUUUCUACUCAAGAUUAAAGUUACUUGGGUUCUAAAUGAUUGUCUCAGACAGAUGCAAGCUAUAUUAUCUCUUCCUCUAUAAAUAAAUGAUAAAUUACCUUCAGUAUGUGCAAAUUGUAAGUUCCACCUGAUCUCAUCUAAAAGGUGUUAAAAAAACUCUUCUCAUUUACAACCUUCUAUAGGAAGGAUGUCAUUCAACUUGAGGAGGUGCAGAAAAGAUUUACAAGGCUGUUGCCAGGACCAGAAGGUUUGAGCUAUAGGGAGAGGCUGAAUAGGCUGGGGCUAUUUUUUCUGGAGAUCAGAGCUGAGGGCUGACCUGAAAGAGGUUCGUAAAAUCACGAGGAGCGUGGAUAGGGCUAAUAGCCAAGGUCCUUUUCCUAGGGUGGUGAGAAUCAAAAACUAGAGGACAUAAGUGAGAGGGGCAAGAUUUAAAAAGGAUCUGAGGGGUAACUUUUUCACGCAGAGGUUGGUGCAUGUACAGAAUGAGCUGCCAGAGGAAGUGAUGGAGGCUGGUACGAUUACAACAUUUAAAAAGCAUCUGCACAGCUGUAUGAAUAGGACGGGUUUAGAGGGAUAUGGGCCAAACGUGGCAACUGGGACUAGAUCAGAUUGGGAUAUCUUGUCAGCAAUGAUGAUUUGCACUGAAGGGUCUGCUUCCAUGCUGUAUGACUCUAUAACUAAAAUAUUAAAUCAAUAAUAUAGUCACAAGUGAUAGGAUGCUCUCUUUCUCAGAGUCUGGCUACCAAGAUAAGAACAGCCAAAAUAAUGUGGGUAGAACCAGUCAGCAGCUACAAAUUGGAUGUCAAAUAAUGGCCACAGCACUGUGAAUCAUAAAUACAGGAGUAGGUUACUCUUACUUCCUUUGUUUUCAUGUUGGUUUUGUUUUAAAUGGGUUAAAUGAACAAAGGAUGGAUUAGUAAGUACAGCCUUAUACUUUGAAUUUCACUGUUUUAACAAUAUUAGAAAUGAAAGCAAACAUUAAAGUAUUUUGACUGUCUUUUCUACCAUUGUAUACAAUUUAUAUUGCGCAGAAGCACAGGUGUAUUAUUAGCGAGAGAAAUCUUAAUAUUAAGAGUCUUUUCUUUACAGUUUGAGCAUCUAGAUUUCUUUGAACAACUAUUGAGAGUUUCAUGUAGGUUUGUUUUAAAUAUAUUAAUUUUUACGUUAAAAAUCUGCUCAGAGAAAUUUUGUAUCGUGAAACAAUAAUGGGAUUUAAAAAACAAUAAAACAUCAAAAAUAGUGCAUGGUGUAAACUGAGAAACUCACAAAAGGAGCGGUGUGUUAACAAUGGAAUGUUGGCUACACCCCUUUCAUAAGAUCCAUCUGGGAUCUUCUUCCUUCUUUUGCAUGGCUUUAGGAGCAGAAGCUGACAUCAGAGUUUCAAUGUCAAGUUACUUAAUCAGUACAAGGUCUUUUUGGAGAGCAAGUGUAACUCCAAAUCAUUGCCUUCAAACUUGAGUCAGAGACAAGAUGUUACAAUUUGCUUUAUUGUUUCAUCGGGGUUUCCGCAAUUGAUGCCCAGUACUACUUGUGAAAACAUCAGCCAUGCCUAACCUGUCUUCUGUUGAGUAUUGUCAACAUUCUCCAGAGGGAGGCUGAGCCCGGUUGUUGAGAUGUUGGAGUUGGGGCAAUGCAUUUGCAUCAGAUGGUGUUCACUGCCCAAACUUUUGUCCAGAUUUCAUCAGUGUGGAAGAGUUGAAAAAGUUCAGUUCAUACCCAAAUGGGAUUUCAUAGAGGCAUGUUGCAAGUUGGGUGAGCUUGAAGGGCUCUAUAGGUGGGGAGGUUCACAUUGCUGCUGGUAACUACUUAGUUAUCUUGUGUCCCAUUGAAUGCAGGGAGGAAAAAUAUGGUUUACCCAAUAUUCUUAAACUUUGACCCCAGUUCUAGGUUCCCCUGGUCACCAGGAACGUGCUUUCUGCAAGCACCCUGUCUAGACUGCAGUGGAUUUAUACCUCUAUUGUCUUGUUUUAUGACAGCUGCUUUUCCAAAGAUGGACCAGCACCCAGCUUUAUCAUGGGCAUCAGACCAAGUCAGAUUGAUUCACAUUCAGCAGAUGUUACUUCUAAGCUUUGUUGCUGGAAUAUUAACGUAUCUUUCCAAACAAGCCUAAAGUUUUUAAGGAAUGCCCACCUAACAAAGCUAGACUUCAAGAGGUUAAAAAAAAUGACAAAUGAAGUAUUCACCCAGUGCCUGUGUAUACAGCAGCUAUUUGUCCCCACACCUCCUCCCUCACCCCAAUCCCAGGCCCCAAGAUGACUUUCCACAUUAAGCAGAGGUUCACCUGCACAUCUGCCAAUGUGGUAUACUGCAUCCACUGUACCCGGUGCGGCUUCCUCUACAUUGGGGAAACCAAGCGGAGGCUUGGGGACUGCUUUGCAGAACACCUCCGCUCGAUUCGCAAUAAACAACUGCACCUCCCAGUCGCAAACCAUUUCCACUCCCCCUCCCAUUCUUUAGAUGACAUGGUCCAUCAUGGGCCUCCUGCAGUGCCACAAUGAUGCCACCCGAAGGUUGCAGGAACAGCAACUCAUAUUCCGCUUGGGAACCCUGCAGCCCAAUGGUAUCAAUGUGGACUUCACCAGCUUCAAAAUCUCCCCUUCCCCCACCGCAUCCCAAAACCAGCCCAGUUCGUCCCCUCCCCCGACUGCAUCCCAAAACCAGUCCAACCUGUCUCUGCCUCCCUAACCUGUUUUUCCUCUCACCCAUCCCUUCCUCCCACCCCAAGCCGCACCUUCAUCUCCUACCUACUAACAUCCCACCUCCUUGACCUGUCCGUCUUCCCUGGACUGACCUAUCCCCUCCCUACCUCCCCACCUAUACUCUCCUCUCCACCUAUCUUCUUUUCUCUCCAUCUUCGGUCCGCCUCCCCCUCUCUCCCUAUUUAUUCCAGAACCCUCACCCCAUCCCCCUCUCUGAUGAAGGGUCUAGGCCCAAAACGUCAGCUUUUGUGCUCCUGAGAUGCUGCUGGGCCUGCUGUGUUCAUCCAGCCUCACAUUCCAUUAUCUUGGAUUCUCCAGCAUCUGCAGUUCCCAUUGUCACUGAAACAACAUUUUAAACAUCUUUGUUUUUAUUUCAUGUAGUAACUUAAAUGUACUUGUUAUGACAUAUUGCACUUUACAAUUAA